AGGCGUUAAAGAAUUUCGUAAAUUCGGACUAUAAGAUCGUGUAGUUAGUUCAGUGAUAUUCGAAAUUUAGCUAGCCAAAUGAAUAAAACAAAUUAAGAGACAUUGCGAUUAGGUAUUGUUUUUAUAAAUCGGAGAUGGAUUUCUUGUUUAUGGUGCGUUAAAAUGUGACAUGUUUACCUUUACUGAAAUAAUACAGUGAACGAACGCUUUUCGUAUACUUCAUUUAGUUUAAAUGAUUGAAGUUAUAUAUCAGUAUUUGAUUUUGAGCUGGAAACCCGUUAGGAAAUGUCCGAAAAUAUUGAUGAGUUGCGGAAUAUGCUAGUAACCUUUAGAGUCUCAGAGUUGCAGAUGCUAUUGGGUUUUGCUGGAAGAAACAAGUCAGGAAGAAAGAACGAGUUGCAACAGAGGGCCCUUGAGCUCCUACGAGUGAGAUCUCAUCCCAUUCAUCAGAAGAUUAGGGACUUGUACAAAACUAUCCACGAGAUACAACCAAAAAUGGUCUCCUAUUGUUAUGUAUGCAAGACGAGUGACCCCUGCGUAUCACUGCACGUCUUUCCCACCGACAAGUUAAUUCGUGAAAAAUGGCUAAAGGCUUUCGGGUUGAAGGAGGACCAAUUGUUCGACCACACGAAAGUGUGUUCGAAACAUUUUGAACCAGAUUGUUUCACUGGUAGAGCGAGACGCGUGCUCUCCAGGACCAGUGUCCCGACGCUUUUAUUACGUCACACAAGACAAAGCGGUGCACUUACCGGUGUCCCCGCUUCUACCGCCUCAUCGGGUAAUAAAGAUUUGCAAACCCAACAGCAAGUUUCCACAGCAGUUCAACCAAUGCCCCAGACUCAGGGAAACGGUCCCCGUUCGACGGCAACAGUGCAUCCGUACAACGUGGACGCUAGGCAGUUACAGCAACGCACACCAAUGUACCAACCGCCAAAUAUGUACCAGCCUUACCCACAAUUCUCCACUCGUCAGGCCACCAACCAAGCUGCGACUGGCUAUCCUAUUCAGCCGGACGUCCGCUUUCGUAGACUGCCGUUCUUCGAUGUGUUAGCCGAUUUGCUCAAACCGUCCACGUUGGUACCCACAACUACACAGCGUAUGCAGGAGGGAUCCUUCUACUUUCAUCUCACUCCACAACAGGCCACCGACGUGGCGAGUUCAAGAGACAUUCGACCGGGUGUGAAGUGCGACUACGUCAAGCAAGUUCAAAUGAGGUUCUGUCUUCUAGAAACGACUUGCGAGCAAGAAGAUUAUUUCCCUCCUAAUGUGAUGGUCAAAGUAAACAAUAAAUUGUGCCCUUUGCCUAACCCCAUACCCACUAAUAAACCGGGCGUGGAACCAAAGAGACCGCCGAAGCCUGUGAACAUUACCCAAAUGGUCAAGCUCAGUCCGACGGUCGGCAACACUAUUACUGUUUCCUGGCAGGCGGAUUACGGUCGGGGAUAUGCCAUCACGGUGUGCCUAGUCCAUAAACUUACGUCGCAAGAUCUCCUGCAACGCUUAAAAAACAAAGGGGUCAAGCAUUCUGAUCAUACAAGAGCUUUGAUAAAAGAAAAAUUAACGGAUGACGGCGAUUGUGAGAUUGCGACUACAAGUUUAAAAGUGUCACUUAUGUGUCCUCUGGGCAAAAUGCGCAUGACGACGCCCUGCAGAUCAAUCACAUGUUCUCACUUGCAGUGCUUCGAUGCUUCUUUGUUCCUACAAAUGAAUGAACGCAAACCCACAUGGAUGUGUCCUGUUUGCGACAAGCCUGCUCUUUAUGAUAAUUUGGUAAUUGACGGAUAUUUCCAGGAAGUUUUGAGUUCUAAUACCCUGCCCAGUGAUGCUAGUGAAAUUCAACUUCACAAGGAUGGUUCUUGGAGUACUCAACAAAUUGAGAAGAAACCAGUAGCACAAACUGUCAAAGCUCAAGCAAUAGAUGACUCUAUCGAAAUCAUUACGGACGAUGUUGAAAUCGUCAGUACCAAUGCAAGUUCUUCUACCGACAAAGUAAAGAAAGAAGAACCAUCUGACAAUAAGACCAUAUCUUUGGUUGAUGAUAAGAAUUCAAAAAAAGAUGUCGUAGACUUAACGCUGUCCGAUUCGGACGAUGACGAACCGCUGGCGAAGCGUCGCGUCCCGAAUCCUAAACCAGAUUCUACUAUCAAAUUUUCUGAUGCCAACAGUAUUUCAUCAACUAGCAACCAAAGCCGUGUGACGACAACGCCGUGCUCUUCGUCGGUUUCUAGUUCUGGAUAUCCGGCUAGCCCGAAUGUGAUCAACCUGGAUAGUCCCUCUCCACCUAGAUCACCUCCUCAAUCCAACGCACAAGCCACAUUAACGGCACCAACAGGUCCAUCUUCGUGUAUGAUGGCCAACACAAACGGUGGCGGGGCAAUGCCUCCGAUGUAUUCUGGACCUCCAACUUAUUUGGAACUGGGUAACAACAACGAGGCCGCCAACGUAAUCAACAAUUAUCCAGGAUAUUAAAUGUUACGUUUAACUUUGUCUGUGACAAUAUUGUGCGGCCAGUUUCAACAUGUUAAAUAAACAACUUGAAGGCUGCAGUGAGUGAUCGUGUGGAACGGUUGCAUAUCAUGAGUACUUUUCCGCGAAAUUAUGGGUGCUUUUUAAAGUUAUAUCAUUCAUUUUACAGGGUAGUCAUUUUAUAUGUAUUAUAUAGUGGUUAAAACUGAUAAUUGAUAUGUGAUACUUUCUAUUGGUAAUUAUGAAUGAAAUAUAAAAAUAGUGUUUAGGUUUUGAUAUAUAAUGAUUACAAUGAAUUUGGUAUAUUUUUAGAAUUAAAAACUGGUAGAAUAUAUGCAUUGUGUUACGUUAAUAAACCGCGAAUAUUUAACUCAGAGAUAUGACUGUCUAUUCGGCAUUAGUGCUAUAAAAUGACUCACCUUGUACAAUAUUGUGAAGACUUGACAUGACAAAACACUGUUUGCUAUUAUAGACAUUGCGUAUGCGAUUUUUAGUAUUAGCAUGCGGCAAUUUGAGUACAAAUAAGUGUGCAACAAGUCUUUGUGUACUAUUUUAUAAUCAGAUUGUGCGUUCGAGAAGGACUAAUCUGUGAUUGUCUCACAGUCGUACUGUGUAUGCUAAGUCCAUUUUUAUUUUAAUCACGUUUCAUUAUAUAUUUAUUUUUUACAUUCCUGAAGAUGGAUCUGUACACCAAAAACUUCUUUAUUGUGCGUUACCAUAUAUUGUUUUGUUUUCCAAUAAAUUUGUAUGUAUAUAUUAUGUCUGUUCAAAAAUAUUUCAGUGUAUUUGGAUCGUAAUUAUUUAAUUAAUUAAUAUUAAGAAUACAUAUAUUUAGUUAUG